GAAGAGGCGGAGCCACCCCGGAAAGGGCGGGGACAGCCCCCACGUGUCGCUUCCCGGUCCGGUCCCGGUCRCCCCCCGGUCCGUCCGCGAUGCCCAAGGCCCGGCGGGCGCGGGGCUCCGGCCCGGCCCCGGCGCUGCCCUUGGCCGAGCAGAUCCUGCAGGACGCGGCCCCGCGGGUGCGGGCGAGGCGCGGGGGCCCCGCGGGGGCGGAGGAGCCGCACGGGGAUGGCGGCGGGGACGGCUUCGUGGACGCGCGGCUGUCCCGGCGCAUCCUGGAGCAAGCGCGGCGGCAGCAGGAGGAGCUGGAGGCCGAGCACGGCCCCGGAGCGCCCGCAGCCCCCCGGCAGCGCAGCGCGGUUCUGGGGCCCGGCUCGGACUCGGAGGAUGAUGAGGAAUGGCCCUCGCUGGARAAGGCGGCGGCGGCCGCGGGACGGAGCGGGGACUACGGCGGGGAGGUGGAGGUGGAUCCCGAGGAUGAGAAAGCCAUCGAGAUGUUCAUGAACAAGAACCCGCCGCUGAGGCGCACCCUGGCCGAUAUCAUCAUGGAGAAGAUCACGGAGAAGCAGACAGAGGUGGACACGGCGCUGUCGGAGAUCUCGGGCUGCCCCAUGCCCCAGCUCGACCCCCGUGUGCUGGAGGUCUACAGGGGCGUCAGGGAGGUGCUGUCCAAGUACAGGAGYGGGAAGCUCCCCAAGGCGUUUAAAAUCAUCCCUGCCUUGUCCAACUGGGAGCAGAUCCUCUACAUCACCGAGCCAGAGACGUGGACGGCYGCUGCCAUGUACCAGGCCACCAGGAUCUUUUCCUCCAACCUGAAGGAGAAGAUGGCCCAGCGCUUUUACAACCUGGUGCUGCUGCCACGGAUCCGGGACGACAUCGCYGAGUACAAGCGGCUCAACUUCCACCUCUACAUGGCUCUGAAGAAGGCUCUGUUCAAGCCAGCAGCCUGGUUCAAGGGGAUCCUCAUCCCGCUCUGUGAGUCGGGCACAUGCACGCUCAGGGAGGCCGUCAUCAUCGGCAGCAUCCUCACCAAGUGCUCCAUCCCYGUCCUGCACUCCAGCGCGGCGCUGCUGAAGCUGGCCGAGAUGCAGUACAGUGGCGCCAACAGCAUCUUCCUGCGCCUGCUCAUCGACAAGAAAUACGCGCUGCCCUUCCGCGUGCUCGACGCCCUGGUCUUCCACUUCCUGGGCUUCCGCACGGAGCAGCGGCUCCUGCCCGUGCUGUGGCACCAGAGCCUGCUGGCCCUGGCGCAGCGCUACAAGGAGGACCUGUCCUCGGAGCAGAAAGAGGCGCUGCUCGAGCUGCUCAAGUUCCACAGCCACCCCCAGAUCUCGCCCGAGAUCCGCCGCGAGCUGAUGAACUCCAAGACGAGGGACGUGGAGGGGGAGCAGCCCGCRGCCAUGGAGUGAAGUGCAGGAUGGAAAAGCUGCAGCCUGUGCUGUCCUGCCCCUGGGAGCCUGGGUUAGGAGUGUCCAUCCUGGAUCCUGCUGCCCUGAGUGGUCACUGGGGUCAGACUGUGCCCACAGAGCUGGACUGGACACCCUGUGCUGUUCGUUGGGGCAGGGCACCCCCUGACCCACCCAGAGAGGAGCCCGGUGCCACCAGCACUGGGACACUUUGGUUUGUUCCUGUAGUUGGAAAUAAAACCAGAGCUGUGUGGGUCAGUCAGGUCCCUGUCCCUGUCCCCUCCAGCCUCUGGAACUCCCUACCCCAAACACUCAAAGCCCCCCAGGGUUUACUUCCUGCAGUUAUGGGGCCACUGUCCUCAGCUGGCCAUUUAGGCCACCAGCCUGGCCUGCUCCUGGCACUGUGCCCACCCAGGUGCCMCCCAGAGGGGAUUUUCCCUGAGGCUGCUCUUCCCCGGGCUGUGCUGMGGGUGUCACUCUGUGCCCYGCAGGUCCUGCACGUUUGGCCCACRGAGAGGAGCYCCUGCUGCACCCCCUGAGCUGUGCCAARGGCAGCUGCCUCCUCCUUUUUCUGUGAGCUGUCACCUCCUCCCGUGGCAGGAGCAGGAGCUGGUCCCCACACACCACGGCCUUUUCCUUGAUUUUAUUUGAUUUUAUCUGAUUUUAUCAGAUUUUAAGGAAGCUGAUGAGCACCAGAGGGAGCCUGGGCUGGCACAGAGCCCCUGGCACCCUUUUGCCACCACCUGAGCUGCUCCAGUGUCCAUCCCCUUCCCAUCUCCUGGGAGGUGCUGCCUCUGCUCCAGGGGCACCUGCAGGAAGGUGUUUGGCUCCAGGUUUAU